GCACCACGCCUACUCUGUAACUAGUAUAAGUGUUAUAAAAACUGUUAUGGGUAGCUCUUCUGCUCGAUAAUUGGGGUCGAACGAUGGCCGACGAUAGUGGUAAUAUACUGGACAACCGAACAGAUGAGAAUAUGGUCUCUGCGAUGGAAAAUGACAACAAUCAGCCGAAAGCUCCAGGCAUCCCUUUAUCCAGGAAAUUGUGCUAUGCCAUUGGAGGAAUGCCUUAUCAAAUGACUUCAAAUGCCAAGGGCUUCUUCAUGCAGAUCUUUUUACUGGAUGUUGUGGAGAUGGGGGCCUUCUCUGCAUCCAUCAUUCUCUUCCUUGGUCGAGCUUGGGAUGCCUUUACUGAUCCUCUGAUUGGAUAUAAUGUGAGCAAGAGUGGCCGGACACGAAUUGGCAAACUCAUUCCCUGGAUUGUGUUCUCAAUGCCAUUUGGGGUCCUAUCCUACAUCAUGCUCUGGUAUACUCCACUGGACGCCAUGUCCCCUGGCUUCAGUUUCUGGUGGUACUUCACAUGGUGCUGUCUGUUUGACACCUUCAUGAGUUGUUACCAUGUGCCGUAUUCGUCCCUAAACAUGUUUCUGGGAGGGAAUGAGAGAGAUCGAGACUCAGCCACCGGCUACAGAAUGGGAAUGGAAGUGUUUGCUACACUGGCGGGAGCCACCAUUCAAGGUCAGAUAGUGGGGGUGUACCACGCAAAGAGAUUGCGUGCAUGCAGCUUGCAAAAUGACACAGAAGUGCCCGCUGGGAAUGACACGGCCUCACCUGAUGGCAUUUCUGAGAGCCUUCAAAAUACAAGAAGAGCCUAUUUGACUGCUGCACUAGUAUUAGGAAUGCUUUAUUUCCUGUGUUGCCUUGUGCUUUUUAUUGGAGUAAAGGAGCAACUGGCUCCUCUGAGUAAACUGGACCACAUAAAUACGUCCUACCUAAGUAGUAUGAAGAUGGUGGUGUGUCACAUUCCAUAUGUGCAGCUUGUAUUUGGCUUCCUCUUUGCUUCACUUGCCUUCCAGAUGGCUCAGGGAAAUUUUGCCUUGUUUUGUACUCAUGCAGCAGAUAUGGGAGCAUAUUUUCAGCACCUUGUCCUCAUAUUACUGACAGCAGCCACAUUGUCCAUUCCAUUAUGGCAGACACUCUUGGUCAAAUUAGGCAAGAAGACCACCAUAUUCAUUGGCCUAUCAUCUUAUAUCCCAGCUUUAACUGUAAUAUCCCUAGUGAGGAGUAAUUUACCCAUCUUCAUCAUUAUGUCUGUGUUAGCUGGGACCAGUCUGGCAGCCCUCUAUCUGCUCCCUUGGUCCAUGUUGCCAGAUGUGGUGGAUGACUUCAAGGUCAAGAACCCUUCUUGCCAGGAUCUAGAACCGUUGUUUUACUCCUGUUAUGUUUUCUUCAACAAAUUUGGAGGAGGAAUGUCUGUUGGAGUCUCUACCUUGGUACUAUAUUUUGUAGGAUACAAACCUGGUGCCUGUAGGCACAAUCCUGAGGUUAUAUUCUCACUGCGAAUGCUUUUCGCUCCUGUGCCCAUUUGUCUUCUGCUGGUGGGCAUAGUGAUGUUUUACUUCUAUCCUAUCAAUGAAGAGCGACGGCAGCAAAUCCAGAAAGCAUUAAGGAAAGCAGGGGCAGAUAACGGCAUGAAGGGAGAAGAAGAACUGAGCCUAUGAAGCAAUCAGUAUUUCACUUAUACAACUUUUGUAACAUUGACGGGCUCUCAAACUGAAUCAUGAACAUGUUUUGUUUUUUCA